AUGAAGUCUGUUUGUCCGUGGGGCGACCUGUUGAACCCGUGCCGGUGUGACGGCUCGGUCCGCUACACCCACCAGCACUGCCUGCUGAAGUGGAUCAGCGAACGAGGCUGCUGGACCUGCGAGCUCUGCUGCUACCGCUUCCACGUCAUCGCCAUCAACAUGAAGAGGCCGUGGCAGUGGCAGUCCAUCACCAUCACGCUGGUGGAGAAGGUGCAGAUCAUCGCUGUGUUCCUGGGCUCCCUGUUCCUGGUGGCCAGCAUCUCCUGGCUGCUGUGGUCGGCUCUCAGUCCUCAGGCCAUCUGGCAGCGCCGAGACGUCCUCUUCCAGAUCUGCUACGGCAUGUACGGCUUCAUGGACCUGGUCUGCGUAGGCCUGAUUGUCCAUGAGGGGGCAGCAGUGUACAACGUCUUCAUGCGCUGGCGAGCUGUGAACCUCCACUGGGACGUCCAGAGCUACGACAAGGCCAAGGACAUGGAGGAGACGAGCACCGGUCAGUCUUCGUUGGCCCCCAGGACGCUUUGGCUGCCUCUGGCCACCUUCGGCCCCAGCGGCCCCUUACACCCCACCCAGCUGGGCUCACAGCCAUGGACCUGCCUCUGUCUGGGGCCCUUCUGCCCCGGACUGGUGCCCCGGAACAAUCUCAGCCAGGACACUGACUCAGGGGAGGUUGUGAUUCGUGUAACAUCGGUGUGAACACCAGGCGGUGUUUAUGCAGGAGCAAAACGUCUGACGGAAACAAUCUGAGCUGCGCUGGGAACUUCACACAAUCGGAUUUCUGUUUUGAGGUUUUCCUGUUCCUAAAUGUUCUCCUAAUUGGUUCUAAAAUGUUCCUCGUGUCUGGGGCCGGUCCUCAAGCCAACCUUUAGGUGACUCCCAUGUUGUGUUGGUUCCUUUUUGUUUUCCUCUGUUAGUUUUGUGGACAUGAACCACCCUCACAUCCGUCUAUUCCUUUCUCAGACUAAUGUACAGCGUCUAGUGGAACAGAAGGAAGAGAUGGAAAAGAUGAUCUGGUUUACAGCUUCAUCUUGUGGUGGUUGACUGAGUUUAAAAGCACACUGGUUCAUAGAGCACCGUGUUCCUGAAAUUUAGCUUUCUGAGAUACUUCUACCUUGCUUAGCAUCAGAUAUUCUGGAUCUUUCAAAGAAAUCAGAGCUGCAGCAGCUACCAGUUGGGAACUACCAACAUUAGCACACGACAUACAUUACCGUUCCAAAGUUUGGGGUCACCCCAGACAAUUCUAUGUUUUCCAUGAAAACUCACACUUUUAUCCAUGUGCUAACAUAACUGCACAAGGGUUUUCUAAUCAUCAAUGAGCCUUUCAACACCAUCAGCUAACACAAUGUAGCAUUAGAACACAGGAGUGAUGGUUGCUGGAAAUGUUCCUCUGUACCCCUAUGGAGAUAUUCCAUUAAAAAUCAGCUGUUUCCAGCUACAAUAGUCAUUUACCACAUUAACAACAUCUUGACUGGAUUUAUCAUUCAUUUAAUGUUAUCCUCAUUUUUAAAAAAGAUUUUCUUUAAGAAUAAGGACAUUUCUAAGUGACCCCAAACUUUUGAACGGUCGUGUAAACGUAGCGUCAGCACUGAAACUAUCAAUGCUACACAGAGGACAGGUAACUGCAAACGUAUGACGGGCUUCCAAGAAAAAACUACUAAACAACUUGAUACUAAUGAAAGACAAACGGAGACCAGUUUUCAAUAAUAACUUGGGUUUAAGUGGAGCACUUACACUUAGCAUGCUAACAGUAAAGUGUUAGCAUGCUGACAUACUAACACUUUACUGUUAGCAUGUUAGCAUGCUACUAUUGGCACAUGGACAUGAUCACAGUUAGCAUUCAGACAUGCUAAAGUUCAGUGUAGUGGCUACUGUGCUGUUGUUAACAUGCCAACAGUAAAAUGUGAACAUGCUAACAUGCUAGCAUUUUACUGUUAUCAUGUUAGCAUGCUACUAUUGGCACUUGGACAAGAUCACAGUUAGCAUUCAGACAUGCUAAAGUUCAGUGUAAUGGUCAGCAUGUUAAAAUGCUGGAUUUUGUUGUGCCAUUGUUAGCAUGCUAACAGUAAAGUAUUAACAUGCUAACAUGCUAGCACUGAAGAAGGUUGUUUUGCUUUUAUUUUCUAACAGGGUCUUUUUUCAAAACUGCUAACCUGUGCAUUCAUGUCCUGCUUUGUGUUUUCUACAAAUAUGAUCAUUUGGUAAACGGACAAACAGGACUCUCAAAUUAGCCAGAUAGCAAAAGAGCACAAAAACAAAACUGAUGUUAGAAUGAUAUUGAGGUUUUAGGUUCACAAAAUGAUGCAGCAAAUAUUAACUUUUUAAAUUUUUUUUUUUUUAUAUUAUAGUUAAAUGUUCCGUUUUAGUGCUGGUAUUGGCUGACAUGUCGACACGUGUUCAGCCCAGGGGUGUUAGCUGGGCGACUAAUCCUCAGAUAUUUUGUGCUGGUAUAAACGCUGCUGUUGAAAAUCGUGGUUUUCUGUCUGUAUACCAUUCUGUUGAGCUUCCGGGAGCCCUGUGGUGUUUGGGUUGUGGGGUUUUGGGAGGGUUUGGGACUCUGUUCUCGACCCGGGUCAUUUGGGUCGUUUGAUUUUUUUGGUGCCUUAGGAGGCCGGGUGUCGACGUCGCAAUCCGCAGCACAGAAAUGACUUGAAUGUGACUUUUGCUGUUGGCUGUAUUUCUAUUUCUUUUGAAUGUAACAUGGAUGUAAUGUAUAAAGAAUAUUUAUAUACACAGA